AUGCUUUCAAAGCCAAAUAAGUGCUUGCCGAAAAUUCUCCUAACCAUUCCCCGGAUUUGCAGCCUCACCCUUGCCGGCACAAUCGUUGAGCUCUUUGCACCAGACUGGAAGGUUUGGAUUGUCGCAAAACUUCUCAUGGGCGCCGCCAUGGGAUCCAUGCAGGCGACCACGCAGACAUACGUGUCCGAAGUGACGCCUGCUGAAAUCCGUGGUUUCACGCUUUCGCUUUUCUUCCAGUUUUGGAUCAUCUUGGGCUCGCUCCUCGCUUCUUGCGUCCUCCAGGCGACCAAGUCCAUCAACAGCCCCUGGUCAUGGAAGGCGGCUGUGAUCACUCAGCUCUGCCCGGCACUACUAUCACUGGUUCUAUUCAUCCCUCUGGUCCCCGAAUCGCCUUACUUUUUGGUAGCAAAAGGCCGAACGGAUCAGGCACGUCGAUGCUUGAGCAUAAUACGAGGCCAGGAUGACCACGACGUAGAUGCCGAGAUCCUCGAGAUUCAGACCACCUUGGAGCACGAGCGACAACUGAGCUCGAGUGGACAGAACCCCAGCUACCUCGAAUGUUUCCAAAAGACUGAUCUGCGCCGCACAAUGAUUGCAUGUCUUCCAGUGGUCAUGCAGCUCUUCCUUGGCUUCCCGCUGUGUGGCAAUUACCUUGCCUACUUCCUCACUCUUUCAGGUGUCAGCGACGCUUUCUUGAUCACGCUGAUCUCAGUCUUACUCUCUAUGUUUGCCGUUGUAUCGGCUUUCUCUCUUGUCGAGCGUGUCGGACGGCGACCUCAGGUCUUGUUCGGCACCUGUGGCAUGCUGGGAUGUCUGCUUGUCAUCAGCCUGCUAGGGUUCUUUGGCCGCGGUGAAGUCUGGAACAGCAAAGUCCUAGCAGCCUUUUGCAUCAUUUGGUCAAUCUUUUAUUACUCAUCGGUCGGUGCUGUCGGAUGGACUAUUGUCGGAGAAAUCUCGUCGGCUCGUCUGCGCGCCAAGACAACGUCUCUAGCUGCUGUCUCCAGCUCGGUGUUCAAUAUGGGCUGGUCCAUCGCCAUUCCUUACCUUGUCAAUGCGGAGGAGGCCAAUUUGGGGCCGAAGUCAGGUCUCAUUUUUCUUGGCUGCGGUACAGUCCUUGCAGUAAUUUCGUUCUUUGUUAUCCCGGAGACGAAAGGAAAAUCUUUCCAUGAACUUGACGACAUGUUCGCUAACCGACUGUCGGCAAGAAAGUUUUAA